UUGGAACAAAAAAUAAAGCAAGAAAUUCGAAGUGCUUUUUUCGGUAAAGUCGCCAAAGGACGAGGGUAAUGAAAACACAGACUCAAAGCCUAACAAGCGUCUCUCUCUCUCUGUUCACUCUUUCUAAAACAACCUAACCGAGACCCUCCGUUACCCAACAGCAAAAGUGAUCCUCCGAUCGUGAGCUUCCUCUGUAUGUAAGUGGGUUUCUUCAAUUCUAACUUUUAGAUUUGAGGUUCAAGAUCCGUGGUUGUGUUUGGGAGAUUGAGUUCGAGCUGGGCUGUAAGAAAGUGGUUCAAAUUGUUGGAUUUGGUUCAUGGAAGAAAAAUCUGAGAAGAAAAUUAGCUUGAAGGUGUUGGUGAACAAUUUGACCAACAAAGUCAUUUUCGCUGAGUGUGAUAAUGAUUUCGUUGAUGUUCUCUUCAGUUUCUUGACAGUCCCUAUGGGAACUAUUGUUAGGCUUUCCCAUCAUUCCCAAUCCUUUGGAAUUGGCUGCAUUGACAACUUAUUUGGAAGUGUUGAGAGUCUUGAUUUACAGCUUUUUCGAACUAAAGAAUGUCGAGACAUGUUGUUACAUCCCCGCAAUGGAGCUGAAGAUCUAUUGAGGAACCUGAAAUUGAAAUAUGAUCAAUUAUCUUCUGUAGUUUCGAACCAUGGACUCAUGGGCUGGAAAAGCGUUGAGGAGCUGACUUUUAAUGUGGGAGUUGAUGAGGUUUUGAAUUUGCUUAUGCGCUCUUUAGUAUCAGAGACACCUCUGACUGAAACUCUGCUGAAGGAUAAAACCAUACCAAACGUGAUUGAUGAAAAUCUUGACCAAGAUUUAUGUAUUGAAUAUCGAGAGGUGGGAGGAUUUUGGGAAGAAAAGAUUUCUAUCAAACUUAUAGUUAGCAAAUCUAAGAAGAAGGUUUAUUAUGCCGAAGUGGGGGAGGAUUUUGUUAACUUACUCUUCAGUUUCUUGACUCUUCCACUAGGGUUUGUUGUAAAACAAAUGCAACAUAACUCUUUGAAAGGUUGCAUUGACCAGCUGUACAGAAGUGUCGAAGAUCUUGAUGAGCAGUUCUUGAAG